AUGUCAUCUAUUGCGGAGGUGGGCAGUUCUCGCGCCCCGGAGACAUUCUUUCUUCCCCCCGAGUACUGCGAAUUUGGUGGCACCACCAAGAAGUGUGAAGAAUGGCUUCAGACGAACCACCCUGAUAUGCACAAGAAGCUGUACUCGGAAGAAGCAUUAACUGCCAACCUUUCAGCACUCUCCGUCGAUGCGCAGAAGCGAGCAGAAAAGGACGCUGCCAAAAAGACGGCCAAGGCCGCCGCCGCAGAGCAACGAGAGGCAGAGCGAAAAGCCGAGGCUAUAGUCCUCAUCAAGCGGGUGGAAAGAAACAAGCGGAAAUACGUCACGGUCGUCUCCGGCCUGGAAGAGCAUGGGCUGGAGUUGAAGAAGGUGGCCAAAGAGCUGGGCAAGAAGUUCGCAACCGGCAGCAGUGUCACCAAGACUGCGGCGGGUGGUGAAGAGAUCACAGUGCAAGGCGAUGUGAGUGAUGAUGUGUAUGACUGGUUACAGGAGAAGUAUCCUGAGGUUCCCGAAGAUAACCUGGAGAUGAAGGAUGAGACAAAGAAGAAGGGCGGAAGUUAG